AUGUUGUCUCGAAUUUCUAGCGUUCGAAUUGGUACUCAGGUGAGGCAGUUGGCAAAUCCGGUUGUAAACCAAUCAUCGCAAGUAUUACAAACACGUCAAUUUUAUGUUGCAGCUGCAUUGACUGUUGGUAGUAUGAUAUUUGGGAAGCAGAACAAGCUAGCUGAUUCUAUUGCCAAUGGUGAGGUACAUGACAAGACCGUUGAUUAUGAAGCUAGGCAUCAGGAAGCUUUGGAGAAGCGUUUAAAGACUUUGACUGAUACGAGGCCUAUGAAACCAAGAUAUGAAGGUCAUAUUCCUUUGAAUCUACAUGAAAAGUUACUAUUGUUUGUUAUAUCAGGAAUUCGUUCUUAUUAUCAUCCGGAGAAUGGUGUCAAUAUAGUUCAAUUGGGUGAAGCAACUGCUUUACCCUUUAUAUUAGAAGAUUUGAAAAAGACUAUGCUAUCUGAUGAAACCGGUAGAAGAAUCUUAAGGGAGAAACCAAACGUUCGUACUGAAACCUUAGAUAUGGAUAAGUUAUCUAAGAUGCCAAAAAAUACGUUUGGUUACACUUUCUACAGUUGGUUGAAGAAAGAAGGUGUUUCUCCUGAUACAAGAGCACCUGUUAAAUAUAUAGAUGAUCCGGAUCAUGCUUUUAUUUUCAAGAGGUACAGACAGUGUCACGACUUUUAUCAUUCGUUAAACGACUUGCCAAUUAUUAUUGAAGGUGAAAUUGCUGUGAAGGCACUAGAAGCCGCCAACAUGGGUAUUCCGAUGGCAGCCUUGGGUACCCUAUUGGCUCCACUACGUUUGAAAUCUGCACAGAGACAAAGGCUAUACGAAAUAUAUUUACCAUGGGCUAUUAGAACUGGUUUGAGUUGCAAACCAUUGAUCAAUGUUUAUUGGGAAGAAUUAUUGGAUAAAGAUGUUAAUGAAUUGAGAAAAGAACUGGGUAUUACUCCUCCACCAGAUUUGAGAAAGAUAAGAAAGGAGAGAGCUGCUUUAAGAAAAAAGUUCAAAAUGAAAUAUGAAAGUUAUGAGAAACAAUAG